AUGCCGGGCGUUGAUCUUCUCGAUGCCUUCGCCGAACUCGUGGUACGGGUCGUCUUCAGUCUCCCGCACACAGAGCCAGACAAGACGUCGAGCAGUGAUGAAGACGUGCCUUGUGGCGCCAACAGCAGCGGCACGCAGAUCUUCUCUCACACGAACCUGCUCGAGGAGGAGCAGCAACUGCUCAGCGACACGUCACUGGCGCACAUUACCAUGAACAGCACAUGCGUCGGCAGCAGCGCCGCCUCGCUUGACCUUUACCCCGGCGGCAUCUGGAACCCCCUGGCGCGGGUACCGGCGGCCGCAGCGGGGAAUGGCGCGAGAUCAUCGCAUCCGAGCAGCGUGGUGUCGCUCGGCACCGGCGAUAACCUUUCCACCCCACGCAGCGGCCCCAGCUUGUGGAAUCGAAUUCUCGGUGGCAGCGGCCGCACGCAGACCCCACCGCGCACCCCACCGUGCACCCCGUCCUUCAGCCCUGGACCGCACACCGGUCUGACGACCACAAUGUCCAGCUUUGUUCAGCUUACAGAUGAAGAGCUCGGCGUGGGCGCCGCGGUCAGCGGUCGCGGUGGCUACAGCGGCGCCGGUGCAGCGCAUAGUCUUGGUGCCGGCAGCGGUAUCUGGGGCGGCCUCUCCACCACGCCCAUCACGGUAUUUUCGGGUGACUCCACACCGCUCCGUGAACUGUGCCCGCUGCCUUCCCCCCCGUCGUCCAACCCGCACCAGCAACCGCAGUUUGCGUGCUCCCAUACUUUAUGCCUCGGCCAGAGUCUCACACAGAGCAGCAGCGGCAAUGGCGGUCAUCGCUCGCAACACAGCUCCUCCAGCGAGUUUGACGUACUGUAG